UUCGCUGAGACGGCUCCGGCGCCCAGCACCCUGCCCACCCUCUGCUCCCGCACCUGCCCAGCCCCUGCCCCCUCAUCCUGACCACCCCUUCUACCCCCGGCACCCUGCCCAUCCCCUGCCUCCACAUCCUGUCCUACCUUCCGUGCCCCCCUGCCCAACCUCCUGCCCCCGCACCCUGCCCAGCCCUCCCUGCCCCCUGCCCCCCUGCCCCCUCACCCUGCCCCCCGCCUGCUCCCAAAUCUUUCCCAUCCCUCCCUGCCCACCCCCCGCCUCCGCAUCCUGCCCUACCCUCCGUGCCCCCUGCCCACCCCUCCCUGUCCCCGCACCCCUCCCACCCCUGCUCCCGCAUGCUGCCCACCCCUCUGCACCCGCACUCAUCCUGGAGCCGGCAGGCACCGCAGCCCUGCUCCCGGCCCUGCUCCGGGUACCACUGGGGGGGGGGGGGAGGGCGGGGGAAGGGUCCUGAGACCUGCCCAGCCUGCAGCUCCCGCACCCCCUGCCCCGCCGCGGCCCCGGACAGACGGGGUCCCCCGAGCCGCAGGAGCCUGCUGUCACCGGCUUUGUUUUCACAGGUGUGGGGGGGGGCGGGGGGCAGCUCCCCAGCUCCACGGGGGCUGGCAGCCCGGCCCUGCUGCGCUGCGUGCGGGGAGGGCAGCACAGAUCCUCCUUGUCGCGGGAGAGGAGAGGAGAGGAGAGGAGAGGAGAGGAGAGGAGAGGCCGGGGGAGCCGGGCGCCUCCCCGGUGCCUCGCUCGGGCUGGGGGCGGGGGGCAGGGCAGGCUGCCGAGAUCCGGUCUCACGUUGCAGAUCCUCGCGGCAGAUAGCGAAACGCGAUCUCUUUUGCAGAGCAGCAAGUGGAUGGGAAAGCAGCGGCCUCCUGCCGCGCGGCUCGGUUGCUAAUGGCCCGGGGCUCGGGUUUCUUGCUCCCCGGGCUCGGGUUACCGCCGCCGCGCAGCCGGAGCACAGGGGCUCUGUCCCGGGAGCCGCCGCCGCUGUCUGGGCUCCGGCCGGGCGCUGCUGUCAUCUCCCGGGGGCGCCGCCGUCUGCUCCGCUCCCCCCGGGCUGCGCUCCGAGGCUGCGCCGGGCUGCGGGUCUCGCCACGGGUCCCCGCGCCCCUGAGCCCUGCGUGUCCGCGCCGUCGGGGCGCGGCAGUGGAAACAAAAGGAGCAGCGGGCUGUGAGGCCCGGGGCCCGGGGGGGCUGGGACGGGUGCGGGAGCCUCCCGCGGCCCGCCGCGCUGCUCCUGCCCCCGGACCGCCGGGCUCUUGGCCGGCUCUCGGCAAGGAGCGAGGGCGGCCGGGGCUGGGGGCUGCACCCCGGGGCUGCGGGCUACAUCCCGGGGCUGGGGGGCUGAGGACAUCACCCCGGGAACCGCACCCCGGGGCUAAGGACCGUCCCCCGGGGCUCGGGGCAGCACCCCGCGCCGCCGCCUGGUAAAUAAGGAGCUGCCCCGAGCAGACGUCUGGCUGGCACCGGAGCGGGGGGCUUGCCCCUAGACCCCACGUGGCUCUGAGCUCGGCCAAGGCGGUUUAGGAGCCUCCCGGAGGCGCUGGGCUGGCGGAUCCGUGCCUCUCCCCUUCCUCCCCCUCCGCCCCCCACGCGCGCCCCCCUCCGCGCAGGGGCCGGGGGCAGGACGGGUGCCCCCGGGGGGAGGCGGCUGCGGAGGGGCCGGCGGGGAAGCAGCCGCCGGGGCCGGGAUCAUUGAUUCGCGCAGAGAUGAGCCCGCCGCUUCCCCGAGGUGACACUUGAGCCGGGGCUCGGGUUUCAGGGCCCUGACGUUGCUCCCCCGCCUGCCUCUUCCCCGCCCGGCGCGGGCGCGGCCGCUCACUCCGCCCCGGGCAGCGGCAGCGGCAGCGGCAGCGGCAGCAGCAGCCGGGCGGGCGGGCGGGCCGGGGGCGCGGGGCCCGCAGCCAUGUCCAUGCUGCCGUCCUUCGGCUUCACGCAGGAGCAAGUGGCGUGCGUGUGCGAGGUGCUGCAGCAGGGCGGCAACCUGGAGCGGCUGGGCCGGUUCCUGUGGUCGCUGCCCGCCUGCGACCACCUGCACAAGAACGAGAGCGUGCUCAAGGCCAAGGCCGUGGUGGCCUUCCACCGCGGCAACUUCCGCGAGCUCUACAAGAUCCUGGAGAGCCACCAGUUCUCGGCGCACAACCACGCCAAGCUGCAGCAGCUCUGGCUCAAGGCGCACUACGUGGAGGCCGAGAAGCUGCGCGGGCGGCCGCUGGGCGCCGUGGGCAAGUACCGCGUGCGGAGGAAGUUCCCGCUGCCCCGCACCAUCUGGGACGGCGAGGAGACGAGCUACUGCUUCAAGGAGAAGUCGCGGGGCGUGCUGCGGGAGUGGUACGCGCACAACCCCUACCCGUCCCCGCGCGAGAAGCGGGAGCUGGCCGAGGCCACCGGCCUCACCACCACGCAGGUCAGCAACUGGUUCAAGAACCGGCGCCAGCGGGACCGGGCGGCCGAGGCCAAGGAGAGGGAGAACACGGAGAACAGCAGCGCGGCGCCCAACAAGCCGGCCCAGCUGUCGCCCCUGGACGGCGGGAAGCCGCUGCUGUCCAGCUCCGAGGAGGACUUCUCGCCCCCGCAGAGCCCGGACCAGAACUCAGUGCUGCUCCUGCCCGGCGGCCUGGCCCACGCGCGCGGCUCCGGCUACGGCCUCUCGCAGGCCGGCCACAGCCUGCCGGGCCACCCGCUGCAGGACUCGCUGCUGGGCCCGCUCACCUCCAGCCUGGUGGACCUGGGCUCGUAGGCGCGGCGCGGCCCGGCCGCUCAGACACUCGGCCCCGCGGGCCCCCGCCGCCGCCGCCCCGCGCCCCGCCGGAGCCGGAGCCGGCCCGGGGGCCCCUCGCCAGCGCUGGGAGCCACGAGGAUCCCCGGAGAGCGGAGGGAGCCUGCGGGCGGGCGCGGGCGCGGGCCGGGCCGGGCCCCCGCGACCAGCCGGCGGCGCCGGGGAGACACGCGGCCCUAGAGACCCCCGAGGGGCUCGGUCCGCGCCGGCCGGGAGCAGCCCGGCAACCAGCACAGCCCCCGACCCCGACCCCGCCGGCCCGGCGCUGCGGCCGGCUCGCUGCCAGGGGACCACGGGGGCCGGCCCUCGCCCGGCCCCGGCCCCGGCCCCGGCCCCGGCCCCCUCCUUGCGCACGUCCCGGCUCCUGCCCUUGCCCCGCUCCUGCCCCUUCCUUGCCCAGCCCCAGCCCGGCCCCCGCAGGGGCUAAGACCCGGGCCCGCCGCCCCGCCGCGGCCUGGCGCAGCCCCUAGGCCGGACGUGCCCGGUCCCCGCGUGUGGCCGCGGCCGAGGGGCUGCCCGAGGACCCCCCUACCCCCCCCCCACUCCCUACCCCGUAGCUUGUGCUUUCAGGUGUCUUUUCUACUGUACCGACGCGAGUCUAAAUUAAAUCUCCCUCGUCCCCGAA